UGACAUGGAUGAGAAUGACCAUGAUAUGGAUGAGAAGGAUCAUGACAUGAAUGAGAAGGAUCAUGACACGUAUGAGAAGGACCAUGACAUGCAUGAGAAGGUUCAUGGUGAUGACAAACAUUGAAGCUGACGAUACACAUAGAAUGCUCGAACAGCUCAAGCAAGUUCAACU